AUGCGCAGAAGCAAAUCAAGUAGUGUCAGAAAGAAAAAACUGGAAGGUUAUUCAAGCCACUUUAGGGAUAGUUAUCGAGCUAGAUCUUCAUUAAACAUAUCUAACACCUUAAAUUGUAGUAGUGACGAUACAAAACAGAAAGGAGGCGAUGAAGUUCGGAAUUCAAGAGAGAAGGACUCCGUAAAAGAUAACCAAUUUGAAAGUAAAAAUCCGGCUGAACUGCCUUUCGAAACGAUUGCAUUUUCAUCGCUUCUAAACACCAAUGAAUUAGUCUUUUGUGAAGGCUGCAACCAUCUGCGCAGCGUCAGCGAAGAUGACGUCUCAAAGUUUUUUGGUUUAGGAGAAGCAGAUUACGAUUAUCAGGUUUACUCCUCGAGGGACAUGGAAACGGCUUUACCAAGAUAUAAGAAAGGAACACAUUCCUACCGCUCCAACAGGGAAGGCUUUAAGACUUUGGAAAAACCAAAACCAAGAACUACUCUAAACGAUAAGGUGAUGAUUCAACAUUCAAAGGACAUAGCGAGCAAAGUAAACAGUGAUAAUACAAAGGCAGGUGGAUCUUUGCCGUUGCUAAAAACAUUUGCGCAGGAAAGGGCUGAAAAUUUAAAUGGAAAAAUCUGUACUUUCGGAGCAGCUAAACCAGGAUCUAGAGGCAAUGAUGAGGAUAUAGGAACUGUCAACGGCAAGAAACUUACAACUUCAUUGUCUUCUGAGUUUCACAAUUUAAGGCACUUUCUGCCAUUACUGACGCUGUGCCAAUGCCCUGAUUAUGAUUCAGCUAUCAUAGAAGUCGUUCGGGAUUAUAACGAUCCAUGCCGCGGUGUGUCUUCACAUAUGUUUACGUCUUAUUAA